AAAGGAACAAAAUGAUAGCUUCUCGAAGCUCACUAGGGCGGAGGAAUGAAAGGUUAGUUUUGCUCUUUUUUCUUAGCGGCAAUGGUCUUCGCUAUUCUCCGGCGAGUCAGCUUGUCGGGAUCCCUUCUUGCAAGCGUUGCUGUUGACAAAAGCUUCAAAAUCCCACUCUCGGCCUUCUUCCAGUCACAGCCAUCCAGGAGCCAUUUGUCUCGAGAAUCUUGCACCGUCCUUCCCGUCUCCGUCUCUAAUUUCUCUUCCAAGGCCAACAAGCCGGCUUCCGAUUCUGAACUCCUUCGUGUCAUUGACGCCGAGAUCAAGUGUGCCGAGGACUGCGACGACCACGAUAGGGUGGAAGAAAUACCUGAAGGGUUCCCAUUCGAAAUUCAAAAUGAAAGGGGUAAGAAUACCAUCACUAUCAAAAGAAGCUAUCAUGGGGAGAAAAUUGAAGUUUUGGUCUCUAUGCCGAGCCUUGUGACUGGAGAAGAGCCCGAACAUGAUAGGAGGGCUGGUCGUAAUGAUGAGGAGUUGAAGAAGGAAAGAGCAAACCAAUCUAGCAUUCCAUUGACCAUAAAUGCUACAAAAAAUGAAGGGCAUGGUUUGGAAUUCUGCUGCACCGCUUAUCCAGAUGAGCUUGUAAUUGACAGCAUGUCUUUUAAGGAAACCAAGGAAUCUGAUGAACAAAUGCUUGCCUAUCAGGGACCUGAUUUCAGUGAUUUGGACGAGAACCUUCAGAAGUCCUUUUACAAGUAUUUGGAGCUAAGAGGAAUCUCAGCUAUGACUACCAACUUCUUGCACGAGUACAUGAUUAACAAAGAUAGCCGCGAAUACUUGCUUUGGUUGAGGGAUUUGAAGAAGCUUAUCGAGAAAUAAUAUGAAAGU